AUGCUUUCACAAGACGAAUACAACGAUAUUCAAUGCCAGCUUAAUAAUAUACCAUCAUAUAUUACUGGUCAACAUCGUCAAAAUUAUAAACGAUCAUUACGACAGAAGCUUAAAGAACAUAAAUAUGCAUCUACACUCGAACCAUUUGAACCAUUACCACACUUUACCUAUUUUAUAAAUCGAACAACAACCACCGAAAUAUUAACACAAAUUUUUCAAACAACAUCAACAUCAAUUGAAUUUACAUUAGAUACUGAAUCAAUUACUAUAUAUAAACAAAAAAAUAAACCGGUUUUGAUACAAAUUCAAAUUUUAUUACCAUGUACUUUUUCUAUGAUUCUUAUAUUUGAAAUGUGUCAUUUACCUCAUGAACAUGAAGUAACAUUCCAAUUAAUAAAAAAUAUAUUUAAAAUAAUUUUUAGUGAAAAUAAAAAAGUGUACAUCUGGGGAACAGAAGAUGAAUUACUUCCUUUCACAACAUAUAAUUUAUUUUCUGAAGAACAAAUUCUUUCAAAAAAAUUUAUUAAUCUACAAGGUAAAUUUCAACAGAUAUGGCAACAACAACAUCCGCAUAAAUCAACAUCUUUAUCCGAUACACAUACACAAUGCUUAUGUGAGCAAUGUAUUGGAAAAAAGGCUACUGAAACAUGGUCAUUGCAGGAGGCCGUUGCCUAUAUAUUACAUGAAUGGUUAGAUAAACGAUUAACAAUUUCAUCAUUUCAUAUUGGGUUGGAUCCUCUGUUAUUUCAAAUGAAUAUUCACGAAAAAGAGGAUCGUAGAAAAUUAACUCAAUAUGCCAUACAUGAUUGUUUAUCUAUGCAACGUAUUCUUAUUAAAUUAGGACUAAUUAAGAAACAAGACAAAAUACUACCAGCUAUAUCAACCACAACAAUUAAUAAUACUUCUACUAUAAUUUAUAACAACAAAAAUAAUCAUAAUAAUAUUACAGAUAUCGAAGAAAUAUCAUCAGAUGAUAAUGAACCUUAUGAACUACAACAAUCAAAUCGAACAAUAUCAAUUAUAACAACAUCAAUCAAAGAAACAACAAAUAAUAAUCUAAAUCAAAUUGAACUUAUAUCAUCCGAUGAUGAAGAUCAUAAAUUACAACAUGAACAACAACCGAUAUUAUUCAUUUCUAAUAAUUCUUCUACUAAUACUAAAGAAGACUAUAAUCCAUUAAGUCGGGAACAACGGAAGAAAAUUCACAAUCGAACCUGUACACUUAAACAACGGAAAAAAUAUUAUCGACAUGAAAUUAUAAAGCACAAUAUUGAUCAUCGAUUUACAAUUACAAACAUCAAGACAAUUCUUCGACAACAUUCUAUGAAUAAAAUACAAGAAAAACGUUCGGAAGAGUAUCAAACUCUAUCGUUGUUAUCAGGAACGCCAUUGUUAACUGAACCAAUUGCUAUAGACAAUAAUCUUGCUCAGUUAUGUAUACGAUCGACAACAUUAGAAUGUAUCGAGCCGUACGAUAAUAAUGUUCACAUCCUUUGGUUAACCAAUGAAGAUAAACUUGAAGCUGAAUCAUUAAAUGGUAUGAAUGUUAGGAUAUACCAUUCGAAUAAUGAUCUUAUUGAUUCAAUUAGUGAAUUACAAACAUCAUAUGUAUUUUUAAUCAUCGAUUAUGAACUAGUAACAAAUAUUUUAUCGUUUUUGGAUGAUUUCACUCAAAUUGAAUUUAUCUAUGUAUUAACAAAGCAACGUAGCACAAAUACUGCACUGAUAACCGAUUCGAAAAGAUCAAUUCGUAAAAUUUCUAAUAAUAAAAGCAAACUUUUUCGAUUGAUUACUGAAGAUAUUGAUAUAUGUACUAAAGAUUUAAUAUUUUCAACUGUCUUUGACCUCACAACAGCAGAAGAAUCGACAAUGCAAACUCAGAAUGCGUCAUUCAUUUGGCAUUAUUUGUUAAUCGAAAGUUUAUUUGAUUCGACUGUUUAUAAUGACACCGCUAAAAAGGAUUUAAUUGAAUAUUGUCGUCAACAAAUUUCACUUGAAAAUAUUCAAGAACAAGAGUCGAUAAAUAAGUUUGAACAAAACUAUGUAUCAGAAGAUGCUAUUAAAUGGUACACAGACUCUAAAUUUAUUUUUCGAGAAUUGAAUAAAGCUUUACGAUUGCGAGACAUCGAUGCGAUUUUUAAGUUUCGAUUUUUUAUGAUUGACUUCCAGAAGCAACUUGAACAACACUAUGAUGAAGAGAUUAUGCAAUCAGUUCAAACUGUUUAUCGUGGUCAAGAAAUAUCUCCAUUAGAAUUAACUAAAUUAAAGAAUAGUAUUCACAAAUAUAUUUCCUUUAAUACGUAUGUAUCAACAACUAUAGAUGAAAAAGUUGCUUCGAUCUAUGCCGGUGGACCAUCGUCUGUUUUACUUGAAAUCGAAAUGGGUUCUCCUAUAUACCUAAAAAAUAAACGGAUUCGUCCAGUAUAUGUUCAAGAUAAAAGUAAGUUUCAAGACGAAUUAGAAGUGAUUUUUCCGAUUGGUUCAACUUUUCUACUUGACUCAAUUGAAAUGAAGAAUAAUCAAUGGAAUAUUAGAUUAAAAUUAACGAAUGAGGCUGAUUAUGACCAUAUGAUUGAUUUAAUUCAGAGAGUUUAUAUGAAGAACAUGCCUCCAAAAUUGAAAUUUGCGGAGCUAAUUUUAUCGUUAGGUGAUAUCCAGAAAGGUGAACGUUAUAUAAAAAUGUUAAUAGAAGAUCUCGAAUUGUCUGCUGAUAAAGUGAACAUAGGAUAUGCUUAUAAUAUCAUGGGUCAAGUUUGCCUUGAAACAGGUGAUAAUCAAUGUGCUCUAUCUUAUUUCGAAAAAGCAUUAAAAAAUCAACCAGAAAAUAGAUAUCCGGUAAAUAUAUAUUGUAAUCUCGGCAACUUAUAUCGUGAAAAGAAUGAAUAUACCAUUGCUUUAGAAUAUCUGAAUGAAGCAUUGAAACAUAAACAAGAAAUAGAUUUAUUAGAGUUAGCUCAUUUAUACGACAUGUUCGCCAAUAUCUAUAGGGAAAUGGGAAAUUUUGAUGAAGCUCUCUAUUAUGUAAACCAAUCGUUAGAUAUACGUCAACCAAAUAGAACUGCUCAUCAUGGCGAUUGGAUUACAUAUUGUUCUAUUGCAUUGAUACAUGCAGCAAAAAGUGACUACACUGAAUCUCUUCAAUAUCUCAGACGUGCACUAAAUAUUGCAUCGGAGAUAUUACCAAAAACUCACCCAUCUUUCAUUUAUUUAUAUGCUUUUACAGGUUUCAUGUGUUUCGAAUGCCAGGAUUCAUCACUAGCGAUGAAAUAUCUCCGAAAAGCUGUCAAUUUAAUACAAACCACUCAACCAGGACAAAAUUUUAAUCGAUUUAUAUACAUAUUUGUUUGGAAUCUAUGUGCUCAGUUAUAUAAUACCAGUAUGAAUACAACAAAUGCAUUUUAUUACGCACAAGAAGCGCUCCAAGUUUAUAAUCAGCUUCAAAAUCUAAUACCAAAAAGUUCUGUUGUCGGAAGAAGUAUCCAAAUAAAUUUGGGUCUCGCUUAUCUAAGGCGUUGUGAUUAUGAAUACGCAUUAGAGUCUUUCAAGAAAGCUUUAGAUCUUUCGAAAAGCAUCAAUGAUCAAAUGUCCACGCUCUUUCUUAUUGGAAAAGUUUACUUUGAUCAAGGUUAUCUAGAAAACGCUUUGCACUGUUUUGAAGAAUCGGUUCAGCUCAACCCUAAAACGAGUCAAUCAAUUGUCGAUGAUGAUACAGCUUAUUGGAUUUAUAUUUAUAUGUCUGAUGUGUAUAAGUAUAAAAACGAUUUGGAUAAAUCUAUAUUUUAUGUUAAAGAAGCACAACGACUACAAAUGGAUAAAACGAACACAGAUUUUCGUUAUAUUGCUCAAUGUUAUACAAGGUUGAUGGAUUUAUGCCCGAAGCAAAAGAAAACAUAUAUUGAAGAAAUUCUCAAUAUUGUACAAACACAUGAUUUACCGAUUAGUGCAAGAUUUUAUUGCUAUUCUAUCAUUGGGAGUUAUUACUAUACAGAAAAUGACUUUGCUAAUGCACUUCAUUAUUAUAAAUCAUCUCUGAAAUAUCAAUUAAUGAGUUUUCCGCCAUGUUAUCAAGAGUUAAUCUAUACAUAUGCACAUAUAGGCCACAUAUACAAAGAGAGGCACGGAGAAGACUCAGCUAUAGCAUUAUUUUAUUUUAAAAAAAGCCGUGAUACCUAUUUAGAACUCUCAAAAAUGGAAGAGAUACCAACAAAUGACAAGCAUAGAAUGAUUGUAGGCGAAGGAUAUUUUGUAGAAAACAUCAAUCAAUGUUCAGAAAUGACCUCUGCAAUUUGGCUCGUCUAUUAUUCUAUUGCGACAUAUUAUGCUAAAAAGAGAGAUCGUGAACAAGCGUUCAAUCAUCUCCAAAAAGCAGAAGAAAUACUUAAUCAGUAUCAAGGAAAAAAACAACCAAUAAUACAAAAGGAUGUGUAUUUUCUUAUUGCAUCCACCUAUCAAUUAAUACAGUAUUAUGAUCGAGCGAUUUUCUAUUACGAGAAACGUCUGCCAUAUAUGCUAGAUGAUUAUAACGAGUAUGCUCAUACUUGUUGGCUAAUUGCUAUUAAUUAUUAUCGAAAAAAAGAAUAUUCAAUGGCAAUAUCAAAAUGUAAAAUCGCAUUGACGUUGUUACAUAAUUCAACGACCAUUGAUAAUGAAAAAAUAGCUGGCUGUUAUCGUUAUGCAGCAAUGUCGUAUGAACGAUUAAAAAAUUACGAAUAUUGUUUUAUUUAUUCCAAACAAGCAAUCGAACAUUUUCUAUUGUGUGAUUCAGUUGAUUAUAACUCUGUUAUAUCAUUAUGCGUUACUGGUGUAAACGCUCUAUAUUUUGCGAGACCAUGGAAUUGUGAUGAGCCAUUAAAGUAUAUCCUUACAGCAAUGAACUUCAGUAGAUAUCCUUUAACACACAGUUCAUUAAGAGCUCUUCACUCCUCAGUUGGUUUCUUCUAUUAUUUGAAUGCAAACUAUUGUAAUGCUAUUUUCCAUUAUAAUCAAGCACUUGAAUAUUCCACAGAAUCAUAUGACAUUAUUGAUAUUCAUUAUAAGCAGACGCUAUGUUUUGCGGUAAGUGGACAGAUAGAUAAAGCGUAUGAUAUUGUAAAAAAGAGAAUCGAUUAUCUAUUCAAUUUGGAAAACCUCAAUUUUAUCGAUAUGUCCGACUCAUAUAUUGACAUGGGUCUUGUCUAUAAUCAACUUGGAAACUAUAAGUUAGCUUUAAUAUGCUAUCAAUCAGCAUUUUACAUUCUCGAGAAGCAUCAAGAUGAUAGAGCACAUGAUAAUUAUCGAUGUAUCUAUAAUAGCAUUGCUAACAUUUAUCUCGAAUACGGUCAAAUAAUUGAUGCAUUUCUAUUUUGCUUAAAAGCUCGAAAUAUACGUGUCUCCAAUACCAAAAAACAAUCUUCACUUACAUCCAUCUAUAUUACGAUGGGUUUGAUCGAAUGUAAACUUAAAAAUUAUUAUAAAGCGUUAGAUUAUUUUGGACAAGCAUGGGAAUGUUUAUUUAAUGAUAAUAUUCAUUCUCUUUGUUUGCAUCGAAUCUUGUAUAAUCAUAUAGGGUAUGUUUAUUUUAAACUUGGUCAAACAGAAAUAGCUAUGAAGAAUUAUUUGAAAUCGUUGUCCUUAUACAGUGAUUGCAGAAUGCAUCCGGAACUUGCACAAGUCUAUAAAAAUGUUGGUCUAAUUUAUGAACAUGAUGAAAAGAUGUAUUCUAUUGCAUUAGCGUACUAUAGACGGGCUCUAGCGGUUCUUCCAAAUAAGGAACACCCACAUUACAUUCUAUACAAAAGUAUGGUUAAUACAUUACAAAAGAAAAUGUCCCUUUGGGAAAAAUUGAAAUCAUUUAUUUUCUCCUAG